GAGGGGUUGGGGUUGGGAUCAAACCUAAAACUCUACACCUACAUGGGUGGGCGGGGGAGUGGCGGAUCAACAGUGUACCUCUACGAAAGCCAUGGAGGUUCUUCAAAACAGUAAAGGACAUCAAUUCAUGGGGUGGAGUGGUGGAUCAACAUUGUACCUCUGGACAAUCAUGGAGGAGAUUCGAAAUCACCGAAAGCCCAAGGCAAUGGGGUGGGAGGUGUGGCGGAUCAAAACGUUCCUCAUCAAUUCCUACAUGGAGGGACGAAAGAAGCUACUAAACCUUCCGAUGGGACGAGGGAGGUGCGGUCGAUCAAAAGCAGAUCUGAUAGUCACCAACGGAGAAGUUUCAAAGCCGUCGCCAGAUACGGCCACGUGGUGGGAGGUGCGGUCUUGUAGCAAUGUUCAAAAUGCCGUGUCAUGGAGGAGGUUCAAAUUCAAUGAAAUCGAAAGGCUGAUGGUGUGGGUGGGCGGUGGAUCAAAGUCGUACUCGUCGGGCAUGCAUGGAGGGAGUUCAAAAGACAAUACAAGCAAUGCCAUGACCGGAGCAGGGAGGUGUAGUGGUUGUUCGAUAUCGACCAAGAAUCGACCAGACGAGCCGUUCAUGGGAGAGCUUCAAGAUUGGUAUUACUUGUACUCGAUGGGGAGAUGGGGUGGAUCAAAUACCGACACAAAACCGCAUAUGGAGAAGCCUCAAAACUUUGAGCUCAUCUAUUCCUUGGGAAGGUGUGGUGGAUCAAAAGCCUACGCAUAGAUCCGCCACGGAGCGACUUCGAAUCUUUGAGCUCAUCUACACAAUGGGGAGGGAUCGUGGUUUAAGAUACACCCGUAAGCCGUCUCAGGAAGGACUGAAAACGGUUUACACUACGGCCCAUAUGGGGGACGGUGUGGUGGAUCAACUCAGGCGAAAGCGCAAGGCGAUGGAGUUGGAGGUGCGUUGGAUCAGAUGAACCCAUGGGAGCGGGUAUCAAUCUCGAAGCAGCUGUGUCCGAUUCAGGAUUUGGGAGGGUGGGGUGUCAAAAAGAGGAUGGAAACUGACGAUGGAGUUGGGAGAGAGUUGCGGUGGUGAGCACAUGUCUAGUAAUGGUGGAGAGCUUCACACCCAGAAAAAGAGGAAGAGGGUUAUUGACGAGCUUGGAAGGCCAGCACUGCGAUUGUACUGUAGUAUAGGCAACCUUUAGAAGUAUAAUUCUUCAG